AUGAGCCAACUCGGUGGCCCUGGGGCCCGCCAGGCAAAUGCCAAACCAAUCCCUCCUCAGCGUGGCAGUUUCCCUCUGGACCACGAUGGUGAAUGCAAGCAUGUCAUCUCAAACUACCUCGAGUGCAUCAAGAAAGUCCGCGGCGUCAAUGACGCUCAGUGUCGCGAUCUUGCCAAGUCUUACCUGGCUUGUCGUAUGGAUAGGAAUCUUAUGGCCAAAGACGACUUCAAGAACCUAGGCUUCGGCAACGAUCAAAUGCCGGACAGCAAGGGCGGGCUGGCGCGGAAACAAGCGCCAGGAAAAGAUAGCCAAGACAAAGACGGAGAUGCGCGCCCCGGCGAGUUAAGGUGGUGA